UGAUAAAAAAUAUAAAAUUAAAACCCUAUAUUCAAGAAAUAAAAACAAUUAAAACCCUAUAGUUUUAUACGACGAUUAACUCAGCAGCUUCAUCACAACAACAAAUUGUGGUCUUACUGAACUCAACUCGCCGGAAAACCAAGCCGGAUUUGCUCGUCGGAACAAAGAAAACCGCCACUCACUGAAUGGCAGAGAAAAAGCCAGUGAUUGGCCUCUCAUGGCAACCACAGUUUACUAUUCCAUCUCGAUCAAAGACUACAGAUGAUGCAUCUCAUGCCAAAUCUCAAACCAAGGCACCAAGUAGCACCCUUUGGAAACCCAAUUCAGAAUUAAUCAAUGGGCUGUUUGUUCCUCCGAACGAUCCAAGAAAAUUAAACAAGUUAAUGAGAGAGCAAGCUAAGGAUACUGCUGGGAAAAGUUGGUUUGAUAUGCCGGCUCAAACCAUCACCCCUGAGUUGCAGAGAGAGCUGAAGUUACUUAAUUUGAGGGAUGUCCUUGAUCCAAAACGGCACUACAAGAGGUGUGAGUCAAAAUCAAAGGCUCUCCCGAAGUAUUUUCAGGUGGGAACAGUUGAAGAAACUUCAGUGGACUACUUCUCUGGAAGAUUAAAUAAGAAAGAGAGGAAAGCAACACUUGCAGAAGAGUUCCUUUCUGAUCAAAACCUUGCAGCUUACAGGAAGCGGAAGGUUCGAGAAAUUGAAGAGCAUAGACGACCAGGCGGGAAUGAAAAGUGGAAGAUCCAAGGUCAGAGUUCUCGUAAGCGCGCAAAAGAAAAGAGGAAGUACUGAAUUUUACACACUUUUUGAAGUUAACCCGUGACAUUUGAAGUUCAUUACAUUCAAUCUUGUUAACAUGCCAAGAAAUUAAUGAUUCAACAUUUCACAAUUAUUGAGUUCAUGUAAAAAUAACUAUAAAACCAACUGGUUGUUAUAUGAUUUAUAUCAAGUGGGUCAAUGUAGUCUCAUGUUUUGUAGUAUGGAAAUUCGUUCUCGUAAUUUCUUUCAACUUUACCA